AUUUUAAAUUAUUUUUAUUAGAUCUAAAAUAAAAGAUAAGUGUAAAACUAAUUAUUAUCACUUGCCAAAUAACCGAAAUGAUAGUACAAAUAAUAAUUAAAGGUAGUUAAUUUUCAAAGUUAUAGAAAGUGUAAUAAUGUUUGAUCAAUUAUUUUAUAUUUAUAUACUACAUAAAAAUGAAUAGAAAAAUAUAUAUAGAAAUCUAUAUAAUGAUUUCAUAUGCAUAUAAAAAUAUAGUUGUUUCUAUAAUAAUUAUUAAUCUCUUAUAAUGUCCAUUAUACUUUAUAAAUAAUUAGGUUUUGAAGAUUGGACGGAUUAUAUUUAAUGGAACAUGUGAGAACUUUGGUUUAAAAAAUGUUUUGCAUUUAAGUCAAAUAAUAUACUGAAUAAGAUAAUGUUAUGAUUGCAAAGAAUUCUAAGGGAUUUUUGGUUUAUUGAUUGUAUGUUUUGUAUUACUAUUUAGAGAAAAAAAAAUAUUUGGCAAAAAAUAAGAAGAAACCGAAGAAGAUGCAUAAUAUGUGUUAGUGAAGUUAAUGUGAUAAUUACAUAUAUAAUUCCACAAGCAUUUGUUAUUACUAAAUAUUCAUCAUUUAUUUUUACAUCAAAUUUGUAGAAAAUUUACGAUAGUUUUUCAAAUUAUUUGAAAUUAAAAAUUAUAUUUUUAAUGUAUCAAAUUAUAUGACAUUGUAUACAUAAUAUAUAUUUUCAUACAAUACUUAUAUCCGCGAAUUCGCAGACAAUCACCUAGUUUCAGUUAUAUAUUGAUGACAAUCAUUUUAGAUGUAUCUUUAAAUCAUAUAAAUUAUUAUAACGUUCUAAAUAUUUAUAUAUGGACCAACCAAAAUACAAAAAAGAAAACUUAAAAGGAAACGGAUAAUGUGUCAAUUAUUAUGGUCCAGCCCGUAUAAAUAUUCAAAUAAUUAGAUUGUGACAUUGUGCAUCCUGAGUCUCUGGUGCCUUUUUAUCAAUAACAAUAUCCAUUUAAUAUUUUGUCUUCUAAAUCUGCCUAUGACGCCACCAACUACACAACUUAACAUGUCACCAAGCUAAUAGAAACCUCAGAGAAUAACAUAAAUUAUUGUGAUGUGAUAAUACAACACAAAGAUUCCAGUGGAUCAUCGACUGCGUCAACCUGAUCUGAAACUUUCUCAACACAAAUAUUUGGGUGACUUUUAGAAAAAGAAGCUAAAACAAAUAUAUGCCGGCUUGAAUACGUGCCCAAAAACAAACAAUAUGCUUAUGGAAGUUCACAUGGACUUGUACAUAUAUAUAAUAUGAAUGAGCUAAACUCAAAUGUCUGGUUAUUGAGCUGUAAAUGCAUAUGGCUAAGAUUGAGGAUGGGGAAGUAACAUGUUCCUAACAAAAUAUGUAAGCACUUUAACAAGCGAUUUGGAAAUUUAAAAUUGCCUACUCCUGAAGUAAAGAAAGAUGGAAAUCUUUGAUUCCCUUGGGCUGAGAAGAUGAACCCAUCUGCUAGGAACCUCUACAAAACAACAUCUCCCACAUACUUGGAAGAUGGUACUCCAAUGGUAACAAUUCCGAGCAAACUUCUGCUUCAUGGUCCUGAAAAUCAGAAAGAGUAUAUUAUUGGCCAGUUUCAUCGCUGUUCUAUUCCGUCAGAUGUAUCUACACGUUCUUGGAUUCUUCAGAGGGGAUUAUGACAUGUGGAUGACUGCUUGAUGUUUGUAGCUCCUUGGAGUCCUGCAGCUUCAUUAUCUCUUCCAGAGAUUUCCACUAUUCCAGUUUGGGUAACUCUAAAAAAUAUCCCCAGUAGGUUAUACUCUAAUCCAGGAAUAAGCCGAAUUGCCUCUGCCCUGGGAGCUCUAAUGCUGACAAAUAAGCCCAGACUUGACCCUACUCUCAUGGGUGAGGCAAAAAUCUUGGUGGAAGUUGAAUUGGACAAGCAAUUCCCGCAGAAGAUCACUUUGAAUGACAAAAGGGGUACUAUAUCAUUGGUUGAUGUAAAGUAUUCAUGGAUCCCAACAAAGUGUGGUAAGUGUGGACACUUAGGCCAUAAAGACUCAAGAUGUCUGCAAAAAUCUGCUCAGCCUAGGAACUCGAGUCAUCCGUCUAAUGAUCAAAUAGGAGCUUCGCUUGCUUCUGCAAGUGUUUACCCUUCUGUUUUUGUCCCUGAAGUUGCUACAGAUGAUAUGAGUAUUUCUGCUUCUGUUACUGUGGCAAGGACUGAUUCAGCCAUUAUUCCAACAGUCUCUCCUCCAGUUGCUGCCGUUGCGUCAGUCACAAGAACUCCAGUUGCUGCAGUAGCGUCCAUCACAGGAACUCAUGUUGUUUCCGCUGCAUCAGUCACAGAACAUGUUCCUACUUUAAUGGCUCCCUCACCUACUGUGAAUAUUGGUUCAGUCCAUGUCCCAUCCACUUUAGUCUCGACCACAGUCAUUCAAGCCAUAGAAGCAUUACCUACUACAUCAGUUGCUACUCUAAAGUCUACAUCAGUAUCUGAUGGCCAAGUACUAGCUAGCCUCUUCACCUUCAUCCUUUUUUGAGAUCCUCCCUACAGCUACCGAGUCAGAACCAUCUACUCCAGCCACCAUCUUUAAAGCAACAACAACAGCAACAGCCACUCCUUCUAGCAAUUCAGCCUUGUCUGAAAAUGCUCCGCUUAAUACAGACCAUACAACUACUUUGGAAGAUCUUCCAGCCACAUGGAGUGUUUUUUUAACGCCCCCACCCGAAGUUUCAAGUGAUAUUCCACCAUAUUCCGGAGGUUUGUCUUUUACUCCUUUCACAGGUGAUUGCACAGGUUAUUUUAAUGAAUUUGAAAUGGCCCAACGAUCACGACAUGGAAGAGAGCUGAAACCAUCUCAGAAGGUCCAAGAUAUGCAGUGGCAAACAGUAAGAGGUCGCAAAAGCCGGGACUGCCGAGGCAGAGGUCGUCACGGAGACCAACACUAAAGUUAUUUAGUGAGCUAAUCCCUCUCUCAAUUUUUUCAAAUGCUUAGAGAUUUAUGCUGUAAUUCUCUAGCUCCAUAUGAUUUUUCAAUCAUCUUUCUUUCACAAGCUUUACUUUGAACUCUAUGAUGUCAAAUUCAUAGCCUUGUAACUUUAUUUUCAGCAUUGCAAUUUAAAUAUGAAAGCCUUUUACAAAAAAAAAAGAAACUUAAAAACUUUUAUAGAUGCAGAAGUAACAUGCAUGUUCCACUUCUCGCACAAUGUGGAAGAUGCGAUUAAAAAGAGAUUCGGAUUGUUCCAUGGAUUUGAAAAAAAUUAUUUACAUUUCUC